AUGAGGGAGGCAUGCUCUGAGGCCGAGAGCGACAACGAAUACACCGCCCACCUCGCCGCGUCGGACAAUGCCAGCGGCUUCGUGAUGCCCGACUCAGAAUCGCCGAGUGCGAGUCCAAUACUGCCGGCUGGGAGACACGGGCAACACAGCGACCGCUCGAGUUCAAGUUCGAGUUCGACCUCGAGCCACCGCAAACGAAAACAACAAAAACAACGGACUGCGCCCUUCAAUGCCAGAACAGCAGCGCUGCUAUCGAUUCUCGCAGUCGCCCCGUCCGCGAUGGCCCAGGGUAAUUGCAUCUCGCUGAAAGGAUCAACACAAUGUCCGGCGUUCAGCUCGUCGUCGAUAUCGACCACCAAUGAUACUCUCUUGGGGUAUUUUCCAUUCCUGAGGUUCGUUUCGAGCACGGAAACAUUCGACGACCAAUUGAAAACAUACAUCUCCACGAGCUAUGCGCAAGAGAAGUACCGCACGCUACUUGGCUGCGGAAACGUCGACUUGACAAAAACCACCGACCUGUACGCACGUUUCACGACCACAGUAAUAUGUAAUGCAAUAAUACAAAAUUCCCGGUUUUCAUGUAACCUAUCACCCGCCGACUCGAGGCCAGUCUGCGCCACUACAUGUGCACAACAGGCCGGCAGCGAGGCUAUUAUCGUCGCUAAUAAUGACCUUUGUUCAAACCCGGGUCCCGAUGCCGAGAAACAGAUCAGAGCCGAUUUCACCAAUUGCGCGCUGCCGGCCAGCUCCUUGAGUGGUACCUGUAUCGAGGGCGCCGCAAACGAGUCUGACAAUUGUGGGUUUGGAAACAGUACCAUCGGCCUAUGCCAAUACUGUAGCUCAGGGGGCCAGAACAGUACAGAGACUUGCUGUUAUAAUUCCCAGGCAGAGCAGAGAUGUGCUGGCGUAAAGCUACCUACGAUCACCGCUCUCAUGACAUUUUCAACUGCUGCGCCAACUUCGACUCCCACAGCUUCGCCGUCAUCUACCGCUGCAGCCUCGAGCUCCAGUAAGGGUCUUUCUGGGGGAGCCAUUGCCGGAAUUGUCAUUGGGUCGCUAGCAGGAGCCGCUAUUCUUGCGGCGUUACUUUUCCUUCUGCUACUUUGUUUACGACGACGCCGAGGGGGAAGUCAGAAUGGAAGCAUUUUUAACCAACCAUCGCCUGCAAAGCAGAAGCCAAAUAUGGCUUACACCCAGCCAACGCCAGUAGCGAGCCCCGGGUACGAGGUACUUCCAGGUGGGCGGAUUGCACGUAUGUCAGCGUUGGAGGGCGAAUCCGAUUCGCCGCCUCGAGGAGAUGGCGCAAUGCUAUCAGCUGCGAGUGGUGGAGCGGGAUAUGCAACCGGACGUAGUAGAAGGCAUCAUGAGUCGUCAUCAGAUGAAUACAGCCCGAUUUCGAACAAUCAGGGCGGUGUCCUAAGACCGCCACCGACAGCCCGGCGGAACGGAUCUCUUUCCAGCGGAUCGGCCCUUGGAUAUGACGACCCGCAAUCCCCACGUUCAGGCAGUGGCGGCGAUAUGUCUUCCCCGCAAGGCAUGACCAGCCAGCAAUCCGAGCAGUUGCCGUUCUUCAAGGACUACUACUCGACGGAUGAAAUUCAUCCGGGGGACAAAGUUGCGACAUUAUGGGCGUACCAACCCCGUGCAGGAGACGAGUUCGCCUUGGAACGAGGUGAUAUGCUCAAAGUCGUUGGUAUUUGGGAUGAUGGCUGGGCGACUGGAGUCUUGAUUGAUGAACAAGCAGAGGACUGGGAUGCGAAGCGGAACGCCCUGCGUGACAGCGGUGUCUCUAACACCUCCGGUCGCAGAGACGAAUCACCCAAUGUCAGCGGUGAAAUCAAAGCAUUCCCGCUCGUUUGUGUAUGUCUGCCAGAUCAUUGGCGGAAGACAAUCGAUGGUGAUGGCUCGACCGAAACUGGCUCCACGGCCCAGCACCCUGGCGGCAAUAUAUGA